AUGGAGCGAAGACGCAUCACCUCUGCACGUCGCUCCUAUGCCUCCUCCGAGACGGUGGUCAGGGGCCUGGGUCCCAGCCGCCACCUGGGUACCAUCCCACGCUUCUCUUUGGCUCGAAUGCCUCCUCCACUCCCUGCCAGGGUGGACUUCUCCCUGGCCGGGGCUCUCAAUGCUGGCUUCAAGGAGACUCGGGCCAGUGAGCGCGCUGAGAUGAUGGAGCUCAACGACCGCUUUGCUAGCUACAUCGAGAAGGUCCGCUUCCUGGAACAGCAAAACAAAGCACUGGCAGCUGAGCUGAACCAGCUUCGUGCCAAGGAGCCCACCAAACUGGCGGACGUCUACCAGGCAGAGCUGCGAGAGCUGCGGCUGCGGCUGGACCACCUUACUGCCAACAGUGCCCGGUUGGAGGUGGAGAGGGACAAUCUGGCACAGGACCUGGGCACCCUGAGGCAGAAGCUCCAAGAUGAAACCAAUUUGAGGCUGGAGGCUGAGAACAACCUGGCUGCCUAUAGACAGGAGGCAGAUGAAGCUACCAUGGCCCGUCUGGACCUGGAGAGGAAGAUUGAGUCGCUGGAGGAGGAGAUACAGUUCUUGAGGAAGGUCCAUGAGGAGGAAGUUCGAGAACUCCGGGAGCAGCUGGCCCAACAGCAGGUCCACGUGGAGAUGGAUGUGGCCAAGCCAGACCUCACAGCGGCCCUGAGAGAGAUUCGAACUCAAUACGAGGCAGUGGCCACCAGUAACAUGCAAGAGACAGAGGAGUGGUAUCGGUCCAAGUUUGCAGACCUCACAGAUGCUGCUUCCCGCAACGCAGAGCUGCUCCGCCAGGCUAAGCACGAGGCUAAUGACUAUCGCCGCCAACUGCAGGCCUUGACCUGCGACCUGGAGUCCUUGCGCGGCACGAAUGAGUCCCUAGAGAGGCAAAUGCGUGAACAGGACGAGCGCCACGCGCGGGAGUCGGCAAGUUACCAGGAGGCGCUCGCCCGGCUGGAGGAGGAGGGCCAAAGCCUCAAAGAGGAGAUGGCUCGCCACCUGCAGGAAUACCAGGAUCUACUCAACGUCAAGCUAGCACUGGACAUCGAGAUUGCCACCUACAGGAAAUUGCUAGAGGGCGAGGAAAACCGCAUCACCAUCCCUGUACAAACUUUCUCCAACCUGCAGAUCCGAGGAGACAAAAGCACCAAAGAAGGGGAAGGCCACAAAGUCACAAGGCAUCUCAAAAGGCUCACAGUACAAGUUAUACCAAUACAGGCUCACCAGAUUGUAAACGCAGCCCCGCCAACUCUCGAAACCAGCUUGGACACCAAGUCCGUCUCAGAAGGGCACCUCAAGAGGAACAUCGUGGUGAAGACGGUGGAGAUGCGGGACGGUGAGGUCAUUAAGGAGUCCAAGCAAGAGCACAAGGAUGUGAUGUGA